AUGAAUUGUCCUUAUUUACCAAUAUUACCAUAUGAAUCUCAAUUCUUAAUAGAUAAUUGUGAUAUGACUAUUGAAAGUGAUGUGUUCAAUAAAAUCAAUGAAAUCAAUGAAAUAAUUGUAAAGAACAAUUUACAGAAUAUUUUAAUUAAAAAUGUUUUAAAUGAUUAUGAAGGAAAUAAAAUUGAUUUAACAUCAUUAUCAAUUGAAUCAUUAUCAAUACAAGACGUUGAAAAACAAAAUGUUGAUAUUAUCAUUCCUCCACAUUUAAAAUCAUUAAUAAUUAACAGCUGUAAAGCAUCAAUUGAUAUUUCAAAAUGUCACUUAAAAAAGAUAAUAAUAUCUAAUUAUCAAGGAAAAGUAAUGGAUAUAUAUGAUGAUAAAUUAGAAGUAUUUCAAAAUAAUUCCAAUGAAGAAGUGACAUGGUAUCAUAACAAUACAUUACUUAAGAAAAAUGAAAUUUAUGUAGAUACAAACAAAAUUACUUCAUUUAAAACUGGUUACAUAUAUUAUUUUAUAAACAUUAAUAACAAUAAUAAUUAUAAUAAUAAUAAUAAUGCUUCAAAAACUAUCAUUUUUAAAUGCAAUGAUAAAGAAAUAAAAAUAAAUGAAGUUUAUGAAUUUUCAUUUGAAAAUAAACAUUUGUAUUGUAGUUUGGGUAAUAUACAAGAAUUGGAUUUUGGAGAAUAUACAUUUGAUUCUUUUAAUGUAACAAGUGGUAAAAUCAAAUAUUUAAAAGUAAAAUGUAAUUCUAUCAUUUUAACAAACGUUGAAUGUGAUAAUUUAGUUACUGAUGAUGUUUGUAAGCGUUUCAAUUUAAUUAAUUGUACAAUAAACACAUUGACAUGUGGUAUUAUUAAGAAAGAAGAAGAAAAAUUAAAAUUAGUUGGUGAAGAAGCCAUUAAAAAAGCAAGAAAUAUUGAAAAGUAUUUACUUGAAAUGAAUCAUCUUUUUGAAAGAAAACUAAAGAUUGAUCAAAUUAGAAUAAAAAAGCUUCUUAAGAUGAGAGAUACAAUUGUUUGUCAAAUAUCCCGUAAAUUCUAUGACAACAACAUUAAAUCCCUUACCAAUGAUAUUAAAAUUAGGCGUCAUCAAAAUAAACACAUAAAUGUCAUUCUCAAUAAUCUCAUCAAAGAAUUAAGAAAUCCAAACGGUAAAUAUUUAAUCUCAAUUGUCAAUGACACAAACUCUCUUCAGCAAAUCUGUUCUAUCUGUGAAAAUAUUGGAAAUUACGUCAUUGACAAAAUCGCUAAAGGCACUUCUCAACAUCUUCUUACUAAAAACGUCCUUAAUUAUUGUCAAUCCUCUCCUAAUGAAAGACUUUGUUUAGAAAGUUUCAUGAAAAUCCAACUCAUCGACUUAUCACAUGACUUACCUGCUUCUGGAAAUCAACUUUGUACUUCAUUAGGUUUUUGUUCUAAAAGCUGGUAA